UCGAAUUUAUGUCGGAGAUAGAGAGACGAGAGAUCGUAGUGAGAGACACGACAAGGUUUCACCAUUUCAAAGAUGGGUCUUGCUCUUGUGGCGGUUACUGGUAAAAAAGACGAAGAGUUUUGACACUGGACAGGUCAAAUCUGAUGCGAGGACAGUAUUUAAAUACGUUAGUGUGUGAAUAAAGUUUCGACCCUUUGACUUGACAAAGUUGCGUUAAGGAAGGAAGGAUGCGUAGAUCGGCGAGUGGCUCAAGAGUUUCUGAUCAAUCACCGUCACCGUCUCCGCCUCGAUCUCAGAGUGUUGCGGCUGUGGAAGAUGAUGUGGAGCUGCUGUUGCCAAGGUACGACCCGAGUUCUCAACCGGGGAAGAGAGAGAAGUCACGGUUGAGAUCUGCAGAAAACGUCAUCCAUUUCAUUCCUCUCCUUCUUCUGCUCUGUGUUGUAAUCCUCUGGCUCUUGUCUCAUUCAGUCGCAAUACUAAACCAGUGAUGGACCUGGAAUUUGUCAGCGGCUUGAAGGAGUUGAUUUGAGUGGAAGAAGACAAUUGUUGUUAAUUGUUUACAUGGGAAUGAAACAUCUUUUUACUGCAAGACAGCCAGCCAAAUGAUUUUUCUUUACCCACACACAUUCAUAGGGUAUACUGUCUGAAUGAAAUUUCUAUUUGAGAUCACUAUUUAUAGUAGUCCUUGAUUUUUAUUCUUUUCCAACAAACUUUAAACAGCACUGUUAUGUAAUAAAAUGUGAAAUUUCAAGUAUGUACCAA